AUGGCCGCUUCAAGCUCCUCCAAGGACAAGUUCUUCGAGAACGUCGUCAACCCAUAUUUGUGGGAGGUGAUGCAGCACCCACAGGUCAUCCAGAUGCAUGAGGGGGUGCUUCACAUCUGCGACGUGCAAGGUCCCAAAGGGACGGGAACCAUGGAGGCCAGGCUUGAAGCUAUGGAGCAGGAUGUCUUUCAGUGUAAGGGGAUGGUGGAAUGUGGACUCAAUGCCAAUCACCUCAUGAUCGCGGACUACACUCAUGAUCUCAAGGUGGAUGGCAAGUCCAUGAAGGACAUCGUCUUCACCUUCAACGAGCAAAUCAACUUCCUUGAAAGCCAGACCUACGAUCUCCAAAACCAAGUCUUCGAAUAUGAGGUGACCGACAUCUCGCUGAACGACUACCUCGCGGUGACGUCGAUGAAGCACUACACGUUCCUGCCGCACUCGGCCGGCCGCUACUCGGCCAAGCGCUUCCGCAAGGCGCAGUGCCCCAUCAUCGAGCGCCUCACCAACUCCCUCAUGAUGCACGGGCGCAACAACGGGAAGAAGAUCAUGGCCGUCCGCAUCAUCAAGCACACCAUGGAGAUCAUCCACCUCCUCACCGACGCCAACCCCAUCCAGAUCAUCGUUGAUGCCAUCAUCAACAGGGUGAACCAGGCCAUCUACCUUCUGACUACUGGUGCCAGGGAGAGCGCCUUCAGGAACGUCAAGACCAUUGCUGAGUGCCUCGCUGAUGAGCUGAUCAAUGCUGCCAAGGGCUCAUCCAACAGCUAUGCCAUCAAGAAGAAGGACGAGAUUGAGCGUGUUGCCAAGGCUAACCGUUAA